AUGACACAUCACAUCAACAACAACGAGGGCAAUAACAACAACGAUAACAAUAAUAAUAACAUCACCAGCGAUAGCAGUAGCUACGCCAACGAAACUGAUCCAAUUAAUGACGGUCGAAACAAUUGCGCAUGCAUCGAAGCUUGCCUAGAAAGCACUAAAAAGCGCAAAUCUAACAUUAAAAACAGAACUGAAGACGGUGAUAGUAGUAAAAAAAAUGUGCAACAACAACAACAUCUGCAACAACAGCAACAACAAAAACAGUUCGAGCAGAGGCAAUCAAAAAAUGUCACCGCCAAAAUACAAAACAAAAAUUUCUCAAACUGUUCAUCUCACCAUCUUUCCCAUCCUAUUUUGAAGAAAUAUCGAAGAAAAGACAUCGAAAAGAGAUUCGGAAAAUAUGCUUACAAGCCAUUUUCUUUGCAGAUGAGGAAUCAACCUCGAAACAACGACGACGCGACAAUCGGCGACAGAGGCUGUAGAAGUUCAUUCAUCUUUGACCCAUCUGGAAGACUGGCCUAUUGGUGGUCAUCUGUAGUCAGUGCUGCCUUUACUUACAACUUCUGGGUCAUUAUUUACAGCAAAGCAAUUAGAGGUGAAGCGUGGAUGUUGAGCACGGUGGGGACCUCUUAA